AUGAAAUUUUCAUUGUGUUCUUGUCUUAAACGUGAUCGUUCUACAUAUAAUAUAUCAUCAACGAAUAUUAAUGAUACAAAUUUUAAUUCAAAAAUACCAACAGUUACUUUAGCACCACUUCCAUUAUUAUCAGAUAUGUUAGUUGUAUCAAUUGAAUCUGAUUAUGAAAAAAUUAUUGAUUCAUCAGGUGAUGGAGAAAUCGAUAUUAUGAAUGUUGAUCGAAAUACAACAAGAUCAAUGGAAUAUGGUAAUCAUACAAAAUUAACACCAAUACGAUUACAACAAGAAUCAUUUGAUGAUGAUACAGAACUUUAUGCUACUGUAAAUAGAACUAGAACAACUAAUGAUGGAAUACGAAUAAAAACAAAUGCAACAAGUACUAUUAAUGCUGCCGUUCUUCGACAAGAUUCUUUACUAAUGUCGACAACUGCUUUUUCUUCACAACCGAUACCUUCGAUAAGUUCACAUUUAACCGGAUUUACUAUAACUUCUGAGCAUCUACCUCCUCCUCCUCCGCCACCACCACCACCAUUACCACCUCUGCCACUUCAAGUUUAUACGAAUACAACUGUAAACACAAUAACUAAUGAUGAUAAUGAUUAUUCGUCUAUUCGUCGUCCUUGUUAUGAUGAAGUUAUAGUACGUGAAUCUUUACAAGAUUGUGCUCAACAUUUACGAAUAGAAGAAGAACAAAAUCAACAAGAACAACAAAUAAAUGAAAAUUAUUAUUCAUCUGUAAAUAGUGAACAAGAAACAACAACUAGCAGUGAUAUAUAUGCUGAAAUAGCUAAUGGUAGUGAAUCAAGUAUUGUAUAUCAAAAUUCUCAAUAUCAUUAUUAUUCUCGACCAUCAAAUGAUCCUGGUAUAGGUGAUGAUUCAUCCGGACGUUAUGAAACUGUUAUUGAAUUAAAUAACAUUGAAGAAUAA